CAAGAAUAGUGAGACAGAGGGAGAUGAGGUCAAGCACAAAAACUCAAAAAGCACACCAAAAAACCAGGUGAGAAAGAGAAAGCACAGAGAGAGAGAGAGAGAGAGUUUUGCUUCGAUAAUCUUGCUGUGUACAAGUAAGUAGUAUUCUGGGAGUUUCCGAUCAUUUUCGCCGGGAUUUAUGGUGGAGUUCCGGCGACGAGGGUUUUUUCGCCGCAAUUUUGGAUGAGAUUGAUAAGUGGGUGUGUUUAAUUUUAUGAGCAAAAACCGAAAUGGACCGUAGCAGAGAAGCAAAAAGAUCAUCAUCCAUGGCGACCACAAACGGGCUGCCCAGACGGCGACAGCGAAGCACCAGUCUCCGAGACUCGCCUGAGGAAGGGCAGGUGGAGUUGCAAGAGACGGUGAGGUUACGGGACCGAGCGAGCAAGAGGGACCGAGAUCGAGAAUUGUUGAAGAGUAGGAGCAAGAGGAGGAGAGGGCCUAACAGGGAAGGAGGAGAGGAGAGCACGGAAGAGAGUGUGGGGGAAGAAGAAGAAGAGGAAGAGGAUGAAGAAGAAGAAUUCCAGGUCAGCGACAACCACCGCCGGAACUUCCCGCCAGCGAGAGGCUCUAGGCAGUGGAAGGUCGCCGACAAGAUGAUCGGCGUCCCGGUUCCGAGAAAGGCUCGCUCGGCUUCCGCGAAAAGACCUCACGAGAGCUGUGUUUCUGGAAAUGGUGGAGUCGGAGAAGAGCCGGCGAAGCCAAGCCCGGAGGUCCGGUCUCCUUCGUCGUCGAACGUCUCAGUUAGGAAAAAGAUGAAAUCAGGAGAAGGACCACCGCCGAGGACUCGGCCAUCGAAGGCCUCCAAGAGCAUUUCGGAGGAUAUUGAGAUCGAGAUUGCGGAGUUUCUCUUUGGGCUCAAGAAGCAGUCCCAGAGCAACAAGACGCAAGAAAGCAAUGGAAACGAGCUCGAGCCCGAAGACACAAAAGGCUCCGCUCAUGACUCAAGGACUUCGCUUUCUUCACCACAGUCUGAUCCCGCGUUUGGCGUUGGUGCGGUUGAGAUAAGUUCAAUUGCAGCAAAAGCAGAGAAAGUUGAAAGCGAACAACAGCCGGAAAAAAUGGACACUAGUUCACCAAGAGCAAGUUCUCAUGAGUCAAUGGAAUCACAGCACGAGGCAACACUAAAGCGGGAGGAUUCAAAACCGUCGGGCAUCGAAGACGAAAAGCCCAUCUUGGCUCCUCCAUGUGCUGAAUCGGAUGUUCUUUUUGACCAUCUUCAAAAUUCGACAGCGAGGACAAAAGCAGACCCAGCUCUUCCAGAGGCUGGAAGAAGCAAGCAAGAGGAGAAGUUUGAGAUCGAUCUGAUGACUGCGUCUCAACAGGCUCUUCCUAUGGCGGCGUCUCCAGAUAGGGAAGGCAAUGGCUUCACCGAUUCGAUAUCGGAUCCUAAAGCUCCUGUUAAGGAAGAAGAAAAGGUAGAGAGAUUUGUUAAGGAGGUAGUGGUAGAAGAACCUGAAGAGGAGAAGAAGAAGGAGAAGAAGAGGAGGAGGAGGGAGACAAUUGGAGAGAAGCGCGAGUUGCCUAAGCUUGAAUUGGAGAAGCCAAAUCAAGAGAGUGGCAGUGGUGUUCGUAGUACUAAUAAGUCACAACAACAACAGCAGCAGUGGCAGGAGAGCCAAGCUAAAGCUAGCAUUCCCAAAGUAGAAAACACCUGUCAAUCUGGCUUGACGCCUUUGCCAAUUGCUGCAACUGGCUGGCCGAGUGGUCUUCCUCCACUGGGAUGCAUGCCACCCUAUCAGACAGUUAUGCCGAUAGAGGGGAAUACCCCUUCGACUGCAUCGUCACAGCCUCCGCAGUUCCUUCUCUCUCGACCUCGGCCAAAGAGAUGUACAACCCACCAUUACAUUGCUCGCUGCAUUCAGUUGCACCAGCAAUUUUCGAAGAUGAACAAUAUCUGGCCAGUGCCUGCUGCUACUGCUGCUCUAGGCGGGGCCAAGACAAGCAAACUCAAUGUCAUGCCUUCUGCUGAAAAAGUGAUUGUUGCAAACCCAUUCCAAGGAAGCUUUCCAAGCGUGAAUCUUAAUGCCGUACAGGAAAAAGGGCAGGCUGGAACAAAUUUUCCAAGUCAUAUUGGGAAAGACAAAGGGUCUGAGGCCUUCAACUUGAUGGAUACAGCACAGAGAAAUCCGCUUGUGUUUCAGCAAGCUCCACAGGCAGUCACUGCUGGUAGUUCAAUGCAUGGCCCUGCUUUCAUGUUCCCUAUGAGCCAGCAUCCACCAGCAGCAGUAGCUAAUCAAUCUGGGCUUUCUAAACCCUCCAAUCCUGCAAAAAAUGUGUCAUUGCCUAGUAAUUCAGCUACUGGACCUCCGGGGAGCUCUUCAGCGCUGCCAGCAGUAACGACAGCUGUGAGCUUUAAUUAUCCAAAUUUUCCACCCAACGAAACUCCAUACAUGGCAAUAUUACAGAACAACGUUUACCCAUUCCCUAUUUCAACUCCUAUUGGAACAACAUCAGCACUUAGAGGAAGCACACCUGCUCAGACUAUGCCUUUCUUAAAUGGGUCUUUCUAUUCACCUCAAAUGUUCCAUCUGUCUCAGCUUCAGCAGCUUCAGCAGCAACAGCCCCACUCGCAGCCUCAGGUCCAAGCAUGUCAUCAGAAUACGAGUACUUCAAGUGGUUCAUCAUCAUCCCACAAGCAACCACGAGGGGCCCAAGCUGGGGGAAAUAAUCUUUUGGCCUCAGCUAGUAUGCACUUACAGCAACCACAUAAGCAGCAUGUGCUACCAUCCAAUCAAUCUCGCAAGCUUGAGGUUGAGAUAACUGCAGAGAAUCCUCCAUCUGUUGCUGAUGGCCAAUCCUCUCAUGCCAAAGAAAGUGUUUAUAGGCAGAAGAAUUUCACAGUUCCAGUUCAGCCCCUAAAUUUUAGGUUGAUGCCAUCUGCAGGAUUGUCUGGCAGUAGUGGAGGAAAUCAUGGUGAGAAGCAGCAGCAGCAGCAGCAGCAUGGUUUAAAGGGUGCGGUUGAGCUCUUCCCUUCUCCAGCAUUUGCCAUGUCCUUUGCGGACUUCAACGGAAACAAGACAGCAUUUAGUGGAAACAACAUGGUUUCAACCCUGAACUUCUCAUCCCUACCGCAAAAUCCAGUAAUAUUUCAAAGCCUCCCAGAUAUGGCUCAGCUAGGUUACCAAGUUACACCUGCACCUCAAGCUGCACAGCAGAAGAGUCACCAGGUUUCUGAGGGGAAGAGUGGAGGUGGUUCGAACACUCCAAACGAUGCAAAGAAAGCCACUUCAGGAAAGCCUUCGACAACUACAGGGCAGACCCUUGUUUUUGAUAAUUCAGCCAAAACUCUUAGCUUUAUGUCAUCGACAGGAAACUGGCCACCUCGAUAUGUCACCUCUACUGCACUAAUGGCAAAUGGUCCCCUUGCUGGUAAUACUUCAAAUUCUCAACAACAGCAGCUGCUUCAGCUUCAAGUUCAGCAGCACCAUAUGCUGCCACAGCAGCAGCCUGUUGUGGCGACGGCGACUCUGACUCGAAGUAAAGCGCCAACAACUAACAAUAACCUGUCUUCCUCUUCCACUGUUGCCAAGUUUCCAAACAAUCCCCCUGUUUACUCGCAAGCUCUAAUCCAAGGCAACGGUUCUGUCCAAACUUCUCAGUCAAAAAAUACAGGAAGAAACCCGUCUUCCCUCAAGAAUAUGCCCCAGCAACAAGGCAGAGCUCCACCAGGCCAUACCCAGAUAUCUUUUGGAGGAGAUCCGAAGUCAGCAUUAGCCCCUCAUGUGCAACAAAUAGUCACUAAUAACCACCAUUCUUCAUCUACUUCAGUUGCAGGGACUCCAACUGCUGGCAACUCGAGAACAAAUGCCACUGGCGGCGGGAAAGCGGGCGCGUCGGUUAAUACACUGCAAUCCCAACAAACUGAGAAUUCCUCAACCAGAGCCGGCCAGAAAUCCUCCCCAGUUUGUGGGAGGAAUGUACCUUCAAUAUUAAGUACGUGCCCGAACCACCUACCUGAACUCAAGUAUUAGAAUCACGUUGUAACCAUCAAUAGAGAAGCACUCACAAGUCACACCCAAGCUCAAAAUACUCUGCAGUCCAAAGCUCACCGUCAAUGUCCCCAAUCCUAGCAAUAACCGCACAAUCAAAACUCCCCUUUUUGUUCAAAUUGAACCAAGAGACGCUGAAGAUGGUGCACAUUAUUAAAAGUCUCCCGGAAAUUUGAAGGGGGACACAGUUUGAUUAUGAAAGGGGCUUGCACUUGGGUUUGACACUUUUGGAUGUUGUCCGGCAGUUUGUGAAAAGUUGAUAGAAUGGAAAGGAAAAGAAAGAAAAAGAUUUUGGAGGAUAAGAUUCAGUAGAAGGCGGUAUUAUGAUAAGGCAGCAGAGGUCCCUCAGAUUAAAGGUAGCUUUGAAAUUUGCCACCACGGGUCAACUUAUUGUUGGGGCAGGGGAGUGGGGUUGAUCAGGUCUUCCAAGUGGCGGCCUACCAUUAUUAAGGCAAUUGUUUAAGUUUUCAAGGGGUCUAAUUCAAUUUAAUUGGUCUUAUGUGAUGCUGAUUUGUAGAUAAGAUAAUGUUUUUUGUUCAGAAAGCAAUGUACUCCGAUUCAAUUUUUUAUUAUUAAAGACUAAUACUUUUCCUUUC